AUGAAAGAAAACCGCUUGGCUAUCAACAUUCUGCUCUUGUGUAUAUGCUGUGGAGCAAGUGCACUGACAGCCUUCAGUCCCACUGCCUCUUCAUCUCUGCCAGCAAUUUCACUUAUGCUGCCUCCAAAAUGUCUCACCAAUGCUGCAAACCUUCCCAAAACGAGAAGCAAGAGGGCCAUCACUGCUAAUGACAUGCAAGCAAUCCUGGACCUCCACAACAAACUCCGGGGUCAGGUCUAUCCACCGGCUUCAAAUAUGGAAUACAUGGUGUGGGACACUGAACUGGAGCGGGGUGCUCAGGAAUGGGCAGAGACCUGCCUGUGGGAACAUGGCCCAACUGGCCUGCUGCCUCAGAUUGGUCAGAACCUGGGAGUGCACUGGGGAAGAUAUCGUCCACCUACUUCUCAUCCACAAGCCUGGUAUGAUGAGGUCAAAGACUACUCGUUCCCAUACCCCCAGGAAUGUAACCCUCACUGCCCUUUUAAGUGCAGUGGUCCAGUCUGUACCCACUACACUCAGCUUGUUUGGGCAACUAGUAGUCGAAUUGGCUGUGCGAUCAAUGUGUGCUACAACAUGAAUGUGUGGGGCCAGAUCUGGGCAAAAGCCGUUUAUCUUGUGUGCAACUACUCACCAAAAGGUAACUGGUGGGGAUAUGCCCCAUAUAAGCACGGCACCCCUUGCUCUGCCUGUCCACCCAGCUAUGGAGGAUUGUGCAGAGAAAACCUCUGUUAUAAAGGUAAUGGAAGUAAUAGACAAAGCCCACGUGAGGAAACAGACAAAAGAAAUUCUAUAGAACUAGAGGCUCCUCAUAGCCCUGGGCCCCGUUUACAGGCCCCAAGUCCAACCAGGUGCCCAAAUGCAGUUGUGAGCAAAGAGCAAAUGUCCCAGAUUGUGACAUGUGACAUAAAGCUAAGAGACCAGUGUAAAGGCACCACAUGCAAUAGGUACGAGUGUCCUGCUGGAUGUUUAGACAACAUGGCAAAAGUGAUUGGAACGGUGUAUUAUGACAUGCAAUCCAGCAUUUGCCGGGCAGGCAUUCAUUAUGGUGUCAUUGACAAUGAUGGAGGCUGGAUGGAUGUCACAAGACAGGGCAGAAAGGACUUCUUUAUCAAAUCAUACAAAAAUGGACUUCAGUCCCUUGGGAAAUACCAGAGUGCCAAUGCCUUCACAGUAUCAAAAGUGACAGUAAAAGUUAUCACAUGUGAGACUACAGUUUCUGUGCUGUGCCCUUAUCAAAAGCCAGCAAGACACUGUCCAAGGAUUUACUGUCCUCGGAACUGCCUGCAAGAAAAUCCCCACCUUUCUCGAGUCAUUGGUACCCAAAUUUACUCAGAUAAAUCUAGCAUAUGCAGAUCUGCAAUUCAUGCUGGCAUUUUAAGCAACGAAUCAGGUGGUUACGUUGACGUGAUGCCCACAGACAACAGGAAGCUGUACAUUUCCUCGUACCAGAAUGGCAUAGUCUCAGAAAGCCUGCAGAACCCAGCGGGAGGCAAGGCAUUCAGAGUAUUCGCAGUUAUUUAA